AUGCCACUGCGAAAGGAACCAAGGGGAGUUGGACCUAGGCCAACAAGGGGUGAUAUUGGUGAAAGCUCUAGCUCCAAUCCCGCGGAGCAAGUUGAUGAGGAUACACUUCUUAGGGACUUAAUUCCCCUAGGAGGUGUCUCCACUAAAAGGGAUAAUGUUGAGGCACCCAUUGAAGAGGGUGAAGGUUCAGCUGAGCUAGAAGUGAACCAUUUAUUACAGAAUGCUUUGAGGGCUACGAUUGCUUCUCUUCCGCAACCAGUAGUUCAGGUAGAGAAGACGACAGUGCAGAAACGUCUCAAGUUGAUCACUGGGUUUUCUAAGUUGAUGCCAAUGAUGUUUGAGGGUGGUGCAGAUCCAAUGGAAGCUGACGACUAUAUAGACCAAGUGGAAAACCAUUUAACUUCAAUGGAUAUGACGGAUGAUCACUUAAAAAUCAUCUUAGCUACUUACAAGUUUUCUAAGGACACUAAGCUUUGGCGGAAGUCGGUUACUAACCAGCACAAGGUUGAGGAGAUGGGUUGGGAAAUGUUUAAGGAGCUGUUUUAUGAGAAGUACUUUCUGAUUACCAAGAGAUGGGAGCUAAGGAAGCAGUUUGAUGAUCUCAUUCAAGGCAAUAUGUCGGUGACAGAAUACGAGAACAAGUUCACCUCUUUUUCUCGCUUUGCCCCAAAAAUAGUGAAAAAUGAGGUGAAUAAGACAAGGAAGUUUGUUUCUGGCCUUCAUUACCAAAUGAGGCCGUUGAUCACAGCACAGUAUUUCAAAGUUUAUUCAGAGGCAAUGGAAAGGGCAUUGAUGUUAGAGGCUGAAGCCAAGGAUAGAAAUGCAGGAAGGGAACAGUAG